AUGACCGAUGAAGUCAUUGCUGGACUGAGACAAGAGACACGCGACAUCUUUUACCAUGGCUAUGACAACUACAUGGAACAUGCCUUCCCCGAAGACGAACUGCGCCCAUUGACAUGCGGCCCAUUGACACGUGACCGUCAGAACCCCGCGCACAUCGAAGUCAACGACGUCCUGGGAAACUAUUCUUUGACACUGAUUGAUAGCCUAUCGACCCUCGCCAUCCUCGCUUCCUCGCCGUCACCAGACGAUCAAGGAAGGAACAAGCCGCUCGAAGACUUUCAAGACGGCAUCAAGCUUCUGGUCGAGAACUAUGGGGAUGGCACGCCUGGACCGAGCGGGCAGGGAGCAAGAGCGCGGGGCUUUGAUCUCGACAGCAAAGUGCAGGUCUUUGAGACGGUCAUCCGGGGCGUAGGGGGACUGCUCAGUGCACACCAGUUUGCUAUUGGAGACCUUCCGAUUCGGGGUUAUGCGGCAAAGGAGGAGAAGAGAAAAACCAGUCACGGCAUAUUCUGGCCCAACGGCCUAGUCUAUGAUGGUCAGCUCCUACGCCUCGCCAACGACCUUGCAGAUCGUCUCCUACCCGCCUUCCACACACCGACCGGCCUCCCCUACCCUCGGGUAAACCUACGCCACGGAGUGCCAUUCUAUGCCAAUUCGCCUCUGAACAUGGAUGCCAAAGAUGGACAGUGCGGUACAAAUCCCCGCCAGAGGGGCACCGAGAUCACCGAGACCUGCAGUGCAGGUGCGGCGAGUCUGGUUCUCGAGUUCUCCACGCUCAGUCGAUUGACCGGCAACCCACGCUACGAGGAGAGCGGCCCAAAGACGCUUUUUGGGCCUAUUGGACUCAUUGGAGGCGGCAUCGACGCUGAGACUGGGCAGUGGGUGUCGCCCUAUACUGGUAUUGGUGCGGGUAUUGACAGCUUCUUUGAGUAUGCUCUCAAGACGCACAUCCUGCUCUCUGGGUUGCCAUACGACCCUGCAAAUGCAAGAACGGAAUCUCCCGAUGCAUUUCUUGCUGCAUGGGAGGACGCGCAUGAUGGCAUCAAGCGCCAGAUUUAUCGCGGAGCACAGCAGCAGCACCCUUCAUUAUGCCCAAGGGCGCAAUUCGAGCUUUUCUGGAUCGACAGUCUGAGUGCCUUCUACCAGGGUCUCCUGGCCAUGGCCGGCAAGCUCGACGAAGCAAUCGAAACACAUCUUCUUUACACUGCGCUAUGGACGAGAUACUCUGCUUUACCAGAGAGAUGGUCUACUGUUACCGGCAACAUUGAACAUGGUCUGCGUUGGUGGGGCGGCAGACCCGAGUGGAUUGAGUCUACUUGGUAUCUCUAUCAUGCGACAAAAGACCCCUGGUAUCUACAUACAGGCGAGAUGGCACUGCGUGAUAUCAAACGACGUUGCUGGACAAAGUGUGGUUGGGCUGGUCUCCAGGACGCCAUCCUCUUAUCGUUCCAAAACGACUACGGCCUCGUCGAGCUCCUCGUGCGGAACCGCCACUGGCCGAACGACAGCCAGCGCCUGGUUAUCUCGGCUACAGCUGCUCGAUCCGAUAUCUUCCAUGCUGCUAGUCUUGCACGCUUGCACCUCAUGCCAGUUACGGAUUCGCUCGGUACGCCAAUCAUUGAAUACAGUGCCGGCCAUCCUAGCGUCUCGCACUCGAACAUUCAUUCGCCUUCGAACUUCACUUACUACCCAUGGACCUUGCCAUUAGAGUACAUCCCUCGAAACGCGACAAGUUCGGCCCAGGCAUAUCGAACCACCUUCGAUCUUUCAUUCCCCAACAUGCCCAAUUCGUUGCAAGCCGGCGGCAUGCAGCGAGUCCAUGAAGGUAUCUUGGUCAGUUCAAUGAGUGGGUUGCGCUUGGGAAUGGUUCGUGAGGAAGACAUGUCAGGAAGUGCAUCGAAGGACACCAAGCUUCCCGAGCACUUCCGCAUCUACGCCAUCUCCAACACUGCUCUCGGUCGUGAUGAGAAGGUCUUCAUGUCGCGGGCAACCAUGGAAGACUUCAACCCACUUGAUCCCUUCUUUACGCGAACCCGUGACACCAAUGCAGUCGAUCUUAUCCUAGAUGUGUCCCCAGAGACUGCAGAUGCAGCAUCUUCAAGCGAUCUGUCAAAUGAAAGCAAUGUACUUGCCAGCCUGGACAGUGUGUCGGACUUGUUUCUCGACGACUCCAUUGUAGAAGUUGACCCGGAUCUUCUCGGCUCAUCACCAUCCUACCUCUCCAAUCUGCUGGCCUCGAUCCAAUCCCUCCUCUCCGCCGACGCGCCGUCACACACAAGCACCAAACCACCGCCACCGCCACGAUCAACGCCACAACGCUACGCCAUCGAGGCCGCACUUCCGCUUGGACCUGGCGCCGAACCGCUGCCUGAUACAACUGAUCCAGAACUCGUAUACAGCGACGCAAACCCUCUACCGUGGCACUCCAUCUACGUGCACAACGGCCAGCUCUGCGAGGAGAAACUGGACGCAGAUAUUCCAAAGAAGUAUCAGGUCAUUGCCAUACCUCGCGGUGGCUGCUCAUUCUCCGAUAAGCUACGCAACAUACCUGCAAUCCCACCUAAAAGCAACAGCCUGCAAGUUGUCAUCAUAGUUAGUUCUGACGCAGAAGGAUUUGUACAGCCUCUUUUGGAUGAUGUACAACACUCGCCUUCGGGGCUGUUGCGGCCGCACCCGAUUCCACUCAUCAUGGUCAACGGUGGGGACGAAGCGAUGGAGUUUUUGAAAAGAGCGAAGAGUGUGGGUGUGAGGCGGCGAUAUCACUUUUUGAGCCAGGGCAUAAAGAUUGGAAAUUUGAUUGUGCUUUGA